CACCCAGAAACUACAUUCUGCUGUCUCCUCCUCCUCAUGGACUGCAAUCCCACCUCCAUCCUCCUGCGCACUCCCUUGGACCUCAACAAGGAGCGAGACGCUGGCGCCGGCGGCGUCGUCUUCAACUCUUCGGUCCUCGGGAACCAAGCCAGCAUACCCAAGGCAUUCAUCUGGCCGCAGUGCCACAGACCCGCCACCAUCGACGAUCUCGACGCCCCGGUGGUGGACCUCGGCGGCUUUCUCCGCGGCGACGAAGCGUCGACGGCGCGCGCGGUGGAGUACGUCAGGGCCGCCUGCUCCACCCACGGCUUCUUCCAGGUCGCCAACCAUGGCGUCGACGCGUCGCUGGCCCGAGAGGCGAUGGACUGCGUUGACGGGUUCUUUAAGCUCCCUCUCUGUCACAAGCUACGCGCCCGGCGGAAGCCCGGUAGCGUGUGGGGCUACACCGGGGCGCACGCCGACCGCUUCUCCUCCGAGCUGCCAUGGAAGGAGACCCUCUCCUUUGGCUACCACGAGGCCGGCGGCGGCGACCGCGUCGUCGUCGACUACUUCGCUUCCAUCUUAGGCCCUGAUUUCGAUAGGACGGGGCUGGUUCUUCAGAGGUACUGCGAGGCGAUGAAGAAGCUAUCGCUGGUGAUCAUGGAGCUCCUGGCAAUAAGCUUAGGAGUGGAAAGAAGCCACUACAGAGACUUCUUCGAGGACAGUUGCUCAAUAAUGAGAUGCAACUACUAUCCUCCAUGUCAGGAGCCGGAGCUGACGCUCGGCACCGGCCCGCACUGCGACCCCACCUCGCUGACCAUCCUUCAACAGGACCAGGUGGAGGGCCUCGAGGUCUUCUCCGCCAACAAGUGGCGGUCGGUCCGGCCGAUUCGCGACGCUUUGGUGAUCAACAUUGGUGACACCUUCAUGGCGUUGUCCAAUGGAAGGUACAAAAGCUGCCUGCACCGGGCUGUGGUGAACAGGCAUCGGGAACGGAAGUCGCUGGCUUUCUUCGUGUGCCCCAGGGAGGACCGCACCAUCCGGCCACCGCCGGGGGACCUCGGCGGCUCGCGGCUGUACCCGGACUUCACGUGGGCGGAGUUCAUGCAGUUCACGCAGCGCCACUACCGGUCUGACACGAGGACACUCCACAGCUUCACCAAUUGGCUCUCCUCCUCUAACUCCCUCCGCCAGUCCACCUAGAGGUGCAGAUCAGGAGGUCACCUGAUGCUCUCCGUUCAUGUCUUUUCUUUCUUCGUGUACAGCGCAUGACAGCAGCGGUAAAGACGAGGGUGAUGAACUCAUGAUUGCAUGCAGCACCCAUUCUGCAUCACAUAUGUAUGGAGAGCUCGAUAUGAUUGGUCGCUUCAUAGUGUUUUAUGCUUCUGUGUUACAAGUUGAGUUACG